AGAGAGAGAUUUAGUGGGUUUCCGGAGAAAAUGGCAAUGAUUGUUCCAAAAGAAGGGCUUGUGGUUAUGGAGAAGGAAUCUAUUUCAUCCGCUCCAUCGGCUUCUCCUCUUCGUCUCCAACCUCAGUUUCCUGACUUCACCAUUCCUGUAAAAGAUUUCUUCAAGUCCAGGGAAGCUCGUGAAUUUCUUAGUGGGGCUUUAGCUGGAGCUAUGACCAAAGCUGUUCUUGCUCCACUUGAGACAAUAAGGACAAGAAUGAUUGUUGGUGUUGGAUCGAAAACCAUUCCAGGUAGUUUUCUUGAAAUCGUACAGAAGCAAGGGUGGGUUGGUCUUUGGGCAGGCAACGAAAUCAAUAUGAUCCGAAUCAUUCCAACGCAAGCAAUCGAGCUGGGGACGUUUGAGUUUGUAAAGCGUGCAAUGACAUCAGCGCAAGCGAAGCUGAAGAAGAUCGAAGAGGCAAAGAUUGAGAUUGGUGACUUUAGUUUCAGUCCGUCCAUAUCUUGGAUCUCUCCUGUUGCUGUGGCUGGUGCAGCUGCAGGUAUCGCCAGUACACUUGUUUGCCAUCCCCUCGAAGUCCUCAAGGAUAGAUUGACUGUGAGCCCUGAGAUUUAUCCAAGCUUGAGCCUUGCGGUUCCAAGGAUUUUAAGAGACGAUGGGAUCCGUGGAUUCUAUGCUGGCUUAGGACCAACAUUGGUCGGGAUGCUUCCUUACAGCACAUGUUACUACUUCAUGUAUGACACAAUGAAGACUUCUUACUGCAAAUCCAAGAACAAGAAGGCUUUAAACCGUCCAGAGAUGCUUCUUCUUGGAGCUCUUGCCGGUCUAACGGCAAGCACCAUUAGCUUCCCAUUGGAAGUGGCGCGGAAGCGGUUGAUGGUGGGAGCUCUGAAGGGUGAAUGUCCACCGCACAUGGUUGCAGCAAUAGCAGAAGUAGUGAAGGAAAGAGGAGUGAUGGGACUCUACAGAGGAUGGGGAGCAAGUUGUUUGAAAGUCAUGCCGUCUUCAGGCAUCACUUGGGUCUUCUAUGAAGCCUGGAAAGAUAUUUUGCUCGCCGCCAACACCAAACCAAUUCUAUAG